UUCAUCCACACCACGUGAUCCACACGUUCACUUCAUCCGUCUGCUAGAGGCCUUGGCUAGAGGACAUGUCUGGAGCAAUUCAAUCUGUGAAGGGCCUGGUUGCCCUGGUGACCGGCGGGGCUUCUGGCCUGGGCAAGGCGACUGCCGCCAGGCUGGUCCGCCAGGGGGCCCGGGUGGCCAUCUUUGACCUGCCCACCUCCAAGGGGGAGAGCGUGGCCAAGGAGAUUGGCGACGGAUGCAUCUUCACUCCCGGCAAUGUCACCUCGGAGGACGAUGUCAAGAAGGCCCUGUCCACAGUCCAACAGAAGUACGAGAAACUAGACGUGACAGUCAACUGUGCAGGCAUCGGGGUGGCUUUCAAGGUGUACAACUUCAACAAGAACUUGCCCCAUUCCCUGGAGGACUUCACCAAGGUCAUCAUGGUGAACACUGUGGGCACUUUCAACGUGCUGCGGCUGGCCGUGGGACUCAUUGGGCAGAAUGCCCCGGGACCGGAUGGCCGGCGUGGCGUGGUGGUGAACACAGCGAGCGUGGCGGCCUUCGAGGGCCAGAUAGGGCAGGUGGCCUACAGCGCCUCCAAAGGCGGCAUCGUGGGCAUGACGGUGCCCCUGGCCAGGGACCUGGCCCCGCAGGGCAUCCGGGUCUGCACCAUCGCACCAGGCCUCUUCCACACCCCGCUGCUGGAAGCUCUUCCGGAGAAGGUGCGCACGUUCCUGGCGGAGACGAUCCCCUUCCCCAAGCGCCUGGGGGACCCGGACGAAUACGCGCACCUGGUGCAGUCCAUCAUCGAGAACCCGCUGCUCAACGGGGAAGUCAUCCGACUGGACGGAGCCCUGCGCAUGGUCAGCUAGCCAUUUACGAGGACAGAGCCACGUUUACACGGUCAAAUAAAGUGCCUACUUUUUAUAGUACCCGAA